UCUCAUCUAAUCGCCGCUCUUAAUUAGUUAAGCACUAGAUUAACGUCCAUGAUUAGGAGCUUCCAGCUAUGUUUAUUCCCUCGUAAGCCCCUGUUUGGCCUCUGAGUGCAGUGGAAAAUUACGGAAACCUCCAUUUUCCUUUUUCAUACUCUUAUCAAAAUUAUCCUUGAACGUCCUCGUCUGAUGUGCUAAUCCCAUUUAAACGACAUCGUUUGUUUCAUGUAAUCGACACUCAUCUUCAUCCUUUAAAAUGCUGCACUGACAGUCAGACACCACCGAACCAAAUUAUCACCGGCAAUGUCGCCACUAAACCUGCCACCGCGAGCGCCACCGUCCAGCCACAGUUAAACUCACCGCAUCACUUACGCAAAAAGGAGGAUUAUGGCCCAAAGCUUCAAGCUGAAAGUGCUAACUUUGAUCACCAAACUAUCAGACCGGGACACCUACAAGCUUGCGGCCACCGAGCUAGAGUCCAUUGCUGGAACGCUGGAUAAUUCGAGUCUUCCUACUUUUAUCUCAUGUUUACUCUCCACCGAUUCCACCGACAAGCCUCUGGUGCGCAAGCAGUGUCUUCAUCUCCUCUCCAUACUCUCUGCUCUCCAUCCCAACUCUUUAUCUCCUUUCCUCUCCAGAAUCCUUUCCUACAUCGCGCGUCGCCUCCGGGACCCUGACUCUUCCAUCCGCUCGCAAUGCGUCGCCACUGUGUCUUCGCUCGCUUCUAAAUUUAACAAACAACCGUUUUCGUCCUCCUUUUUGAAGCCAUUGAGUGAAUUAUUUUUCACGGAACAGGAAUUGAAUGCGCAAAUUGGAUCUGCUUUGUGUUUAGCCGCAGCGAUCGAUUCGGCGCCAGAUCCAGAACCGGGGAAGUUGGGAAGGGCGCUCCUGCCAAAGCUGGAGAGGCUGUUGAAAAGCGACCGUUAUAAGGCUAAAAGUGCCGCAUUGGUUGUUAUGGGAAGUAUAAUUGGUGUGGGAGGAGUACGGGGAUAUGCGGGGAUGGGCGGUUUGGUAAAGUCUUUAGUCGGGUUUUUGAGCAGCGAGGACUGGGCAACGAGGAAGGCAGCAGCGGAGGCGCUCGGGAGGUUGGCGGUUGUGGAGAGAGAUGCCAUGGCGGAGUUCAAGAGUGGGUGCAUGAAAGUUUUUGAGAAUCGGAAAUUCGAUAAGGUGAAGGCUGCAAGGGAAGUGAUGAAUCAGAUGAUAGAAGCAUGGAAGCAGGUUCCAGAUGUUCCAGAGGAUGUAUCGCCACCUCCUCGAUCUCAGGUUUCUUCAAAAGGGGAUGCAAGCGAUGGACGCUACCCACCUUGUUCCACAAGUUCUUGUGCUGCUGGUUCUGAAGCCCCUCAGAUGAGGAAAAAGACCAGUUCGAGCAGGACGACUCUACCUGAUCAUUCAGCAGUGACUACGGCUAGAAGGAGAGAUUCUUUAAAGAUUGCUGAAAAGAAAACGGGUCCAUCCUUGUUCAGAAAAGCGGACUGCAAUAGGCCUUUGGACUGGAAAGUUGGAGUUGCUAUUCCUAACAGCAAUUCUUCAACUGGGAUCAGUGGUAAUGAUGAUGCUGAAGCAAAGAUGACAAAGCCAGGAACAAAACGGACCCUUUUGAGUAAGAAUUCUGAUGACAAGAUUCUCAAAUUUGGUGGUUGCAAGUCUGGAUCUCGUGUGGUUCCUUGCCAAGAGGAGAGUCCAGUGUCAACUGUUGUAGCCAGUAAUAAUAUUGAGAAUCACCAUACUAACCACAAAGAGUGUGAAGAUUUAUCUUUGAUCCGCAACCAGCUUGUUCAGAUUGAAAGGCAGCAAUCUAGCCUACUAGACCUCCUACAGAGAUUCAUUGGGACUUCGCAAAAUGGAAUGUGCACUCUUGAGACCCGUGUUCAUGGCUUAGAGUUGGCACUGGAUGAGAUCUCACAUGACUUGGCUGUAUCAAGUGGAAGGAUGACCAACUCCCAAAGAACCACAUGUUGCAUGCUACCUGGUGCUGAUUUUUUAAAGUUCUGGAGGAAAACUGAAAGCCGCUAUUCAACCUCAAGGUUCUCUUCCACUGGCACUCCUUCAUUGGCAGCCAUUCGCCAUAGAGCUGAUAAAAAUGGCAAUGUGGGAACACGUAACUUGGAAAGUUACAGGUUACGGCUUCAUGGUGGUGGUGGGUUGAUAGUGAACCCCUUGGCUGAGAUUCAUGAAUCAAGGGAGGUCUCAGAGGGGGCACAACUAUAGCCAAGGACUUGGCAGGUAUGGUUUAUAAAUGGUACAAUUUAGUUGGACCUCUUCAAGUGUUUGAUGAAUUGUUACAAAAAACUACAAACUGAUAUAGGUAUUUGGGGAUGGUGAAGAAUAUUAGCAUAUGGGAUGCAUCUAACGAAUCCAAAUUUUAGAGUUUGCCUAAUGCAAAUGAUAUGAUGGAUGCAAUUCCUUAUAGGCUGCCUGCAGAAGUAAUCGCACAUCUUGCUCUUUUGCAGCAGUAAAAUUCAAUGAAGGGAAGCCAAUUCAUUCAGUAAUUCUUCAUUUUAUAUCAAAUUCUUUUGCUCAUUUGUUUCCUCGCGAGUAUUGAAGACUGGAAGAGAAGUUGGCACAACUGUAUCUCCAGCUGGGUAUAGAGUAUUGAAUCUGUAUAGAGUACUACUUGUCACCUGUUUUUCUUUUCCCCUUCUAUCUUUCUUUGGCCCGGUUUUCAAUGAUAAUGACGGUGUAUAUUCCGAUGAAUCAAAAUUAUUAGAUAAGAAUAGAGGGUGUGAUUCUGCUA